AUGCCGCACCGGGUUACCGCUGGAGUCGCAACCUUUUUUCGCUCCCACACCAACUCUUUCGAUAUCUCAACAGAUCUGAAGAAAGGUCCAAAAUCCUCCAAGCGGUCGAGUAGCAGACCUUCACUUUCAACCCGAUCUCCUUCAUCCUCAGGAUCCUCGCUACAUUCAGAGGACAACAGCGUUAAGAUGCCGACUAAACGCCUCUCUUUGGGCCUUCACUCCCCAAAGACUUCUCUUACCAAGAUUCCACAACAUCACAAUGCCUCUCUCGAUGUUCUCAUCGAAUCCCCUCCUUUGGUGUUCUACGGUGCUGCAGCAGCGAGUUCCGGCGCAUUACUUUCCGGCCAACUACUUCUGAACAUCAAUGAGGACUUUGUGUCGUUGGACGACUUUAAAAUGAAGCUGGCAAUCGAAGUCACAAGAAAGAAGCCCUUCCACGCUCACUGCGAAGAGUGUGCACACCAGAACACCGAAUUGCAAAAUUGGAAGUUUAUGGAGGGACCAGCGACUCUGCGACGAGGCGAACACACAUUCCCAUUCAGCUUUCUUUUGCCGGGGCACUUGCCAGCGACUAUGAAAGGCUCCCUCUCUAUAAUCGACUAUGUCCUCCGAGCAACGGUCACCCCCAAGAAUGGCGAGCCGAUCAACCUCAAGAAAUCCCUCGAUGUAAAGCGCGCGAUCUGCCCCGCCGAGACACCCCGCAGAUCCAUCCGUAUCUUCCCUCCAACGAACCUCACCGCGAACUGCGAGCUCCCGUCUGUCAUCCACCCAAUCGGCGAGACCACUGUAUCAAUGCGAAUCGAUGGAUCCGUGAAGAGGAAUGCAGACACAAAGACACAGACACAAUGGAAGUUAAAGAGGCUGAACUGGCGGUUAGAUGAGACACAGAAGGUUAUCUCGCCUGCAUGCCCAAAGCACGCUCUGAAGGCCGGCAACGACGAGUCAAAGAAGGGAAUCGCACACCAGGAUAUCCGCACAAUUGGACAGGAAGAAUUGAAGACAGGAUGGAAGGCAGACUACAGCACGCCAGACGGGUCGAUUGAGCUGGAAUUCCCCAUGUCGGUUCGUGGUGACGCGAAGCCAAUUUGUGAUUUGAAGUCCGAAGAUGGCACGGAAGUAUCCCACGUACUAGUCGUCGAGAUGAUCGUAGCGGAGGAGUUUUGUCCUACGAACAAGCCGAAUCAGAUUACGCCUACUGGUGCAGCAAGAGUGCUGAGGAUGCAUUUCAAUACUACACUUACACAACGAGCCGGUAUGGGUAUCUCGUGGGAUGAGGAACAGCCCCCCUUGUACGAGAAUGUCCCUGCUAGUCCUCCUGGUUAUGGUGGAAUGGUCGAGGAGUACAUCGGGUCUCCGAUCCCGGAUUACGAGGACUUGGAACCACUCGAUAACACUGCUGGCUCGUCUCUUACUGAGCAAUACAACUCUCUUCGCCUCUGA